GGGUGAUCCUGAGGCUCCGCGCGCUUCGGGGCAGAAACCCGGAGACGCCGUUGUCGACGUCGUUACCGCUGGCGCUUCUGCUGUUGCCCUCGGCCCCCCUCUGCUCUGUCCCGGUUCGUGGCCCUAAGCCGGUUCUCCCGCCGUACCCAGUGGGCUGUCGCGAGCUCCUCCUCCCCUCCCCGGACUGCUUCCGAAGGGGCCUCAGGCUCUCACGCUCGCCCCGCGCCGGAGCGCUCCGGCCCGGCCAGGGAGCGGCCCCUUGUAGAGGUCCAAGGAGCCUACCGAGGUCCGUCCCGGCGCUCGACCCUCCCACCGUUCGGCCCACUGGCCCGCUUCUUCCUGAUGCAGAGUGCCGUCCACUAGAGGCUGGACAGGACCCCCGAGGUGAUUCAUGGCAGGGGACGUGGAAGGUUUCUGUUCCUCCAUCCAUGACACCAGUGUCUCUGCUGGGUUCAGAGCACUGUAUGAGGAGGGAUUGCUUCUCGAUGUCACUCUGGUUAUUGAAGACCAUCAGUUCCAGGCCCAUAAAGCACUCUUGGCCACCCAGAGUGAUUACUUCAGAAUUAUGUUCACAGCAGACAUGAGGGAACGAGAUCAGGACAAAAUUCACCUGAAAGGUCUAACAGCUACCGGUUUCAGCCACGUUCUUCAGUUUAUGUAUUAUGGAACUAUAGAACUGAGUAUGAAUACUGUUCAUGAAAUCCUUCAGGCGGCAAUGUAUGUUCAGCUUAUAGAAGUGGUGAAGUUCUGCUGCUCUUUUCUUUUAGCCAAAAUCUGCUUAGAAAAUUGUGCAGAAAUUAUGAGACUCUUAGAUGAUUUCGGUGUUAACAUCGAGGGAGUCAGGGAGAAGCUGGACGCCUUUCUGCUAGACAACUUUGUGCCACUCAUGUCCAGGCCUGACUUCCUGUCCUAUUUGAGCUUUGAGAAGCUCAUGUCUUAUCUGGAUAAUGAUCAUCUGAGCAGGUUUCCAGAAAUAGAGCUGUACGAGGCUGUGCAGUCUUGGCUGCGACAUGAUAGACGACGAUGGAGACAUACAGAUACCAUCAUUCAGAACAUCAGGUUUUGUUUGAUGACUCCAUCCAGCGUUUUUGAGAAGGUUAAAACAUCAGAAUUUUAUAGAUACUCUCGACAGCUGCGCUAUGAAGUUGACCAAGCAUUGAAUUACUUCCAGAAUGUCCACCAGCAGCCCUUGCUAGACAUGAAAUCAAGCCGUAUUCGUUCUGCCAAACCUCAAACUACAGUAUUCCGAGGAAUGAUUGGACAUAGCAUGGUUAAUAGUAAAAUACUUCUUCUAAAGAAACCAAGAGUCUGGUGGGAGCUGGAGGGACCCCAAGUACCUCUAAGGCCAGACUGCCUUGCUAUUGUCAAUAAUUUUGUAUUCCUGUUAGGUGGAGAAGAACUGGGUCCAGAUGGCGAAUUCCAUGCCUCUUCGAAAGUGUUCAGGUAUGAUCCAAGACAAAAUUCUUGGCUGCGCAUGGCAGACAUGUCUGUACCCCGUUCAGAAUUUGCUGUUGGUGUUAUUGGGAAGUUUAUUUAUGCUGUGGCAGGCAGAACAAGAGAUGAGACUUUCUACUCAACAGAGAGAUAUGAUAUCACUAAUGAUAAAUGGGAAUUUGUAGAUCCUUAUCCAGUUAACAAAUACGGACAUGAGGGGACAGUGCUCAAUAACAAGUUGUUUAUCACUGGAGGAAUCACUUCAUCUUCCACAUCUAAACAAGUAUGUGUGUUUGACCCCAGUAAAGAAGGGACCAUAGAACAACGGACCAGGAGAACUCAAGUAGUCACCAACUGCUGGGAGAAUAAGAGCAAGAUGAAUUAUGCCAGAUGCUUUCACAAGAUGAUAUCUUAUAAUGGCAAGCUUUAUGUCUUCGGUGGUGUCUGUGUGAUCUUGAGGGCCUCUUUUGAAUCUCAGGGCUGCCCUUCUACAGAGGUGUACAACCCAGAUACUGAUCAGUGGACCAUCUUGGCAUCCAUGCCAAUUGGUAGAAGUGGCCAUGGUGUGACUGUGCUGGACAAACAGAUAAUGGUCCUUGGAGGCCUUUGUUACAAUGGUCAUUACAGUGAUUCCAUUCUCACCUUUGACCCAGAUGAAAAUAAGUGGAAGGAAGACGAGUACCCUCGGAUGCCCUGCAAGCUGGAUGGUUUACAAGUGUGCAACCUACACUUUCCGGACUAUGUACUGGAUGAGGUUAGGCGUUGCAACUGACAAUACCUUUCUCCCGUAAAAAAAACAAGGCAAAUAAAGCAUUUGUGAUAAAGUAAUUUAAACACAUAAAGAAAAACCUCACCAGUUUUACUAUCAAAGCCAUUGGUCUAAUAUUGUAAGUCUUCAUUCUGUGCUAGCAUCUUUCUUUUCCUUUCAGUGGCCUCAAACUCAUGCAAUAAGUUCAUUUAAAGCGCUAGCUCUUGAAACUACUUCCAGAAGCAGUUUAUUCGCUGCUCCACUUACCUGGGAAGUUGAUUUUCUGCUUUAAACGUUUCUUUCAGAUGUUAGUGUAGGAUUUGUGCAUCUUCCAAGAGAAGACCCAGUAAGUGUCACUGGAUGUGAUUUCAGUCCCUCUCUAUCUGAACUCUUUUGGACAUUAUUUUAGUCUGCUGUAUGUCUUGGUUUAUUAGUUAAAAGUUUAAAACUCUUGACCUUUUUGCAUGGCUUUUUGCUGAAAAUGCAAAAAUUGAAAUUUUUUACAAAAGUUUUUCUAUCAGAACACUAUUUCUAAGCUGCCUUCUCUUAUCUGCAUUGUGUUAGUGAAAGCAUAUCCAUACUCACAUACAUCCUAUGAAUAUAUAAGACACAUCCCUUUAUGCGUGGUUAGGGUUCUAUAUUUUUAAGCUAGUGCACUUGCACACACAGUUCGCCAUACUUGUUGAAAUUUAGAUGUAAUGUCUUUAAUGUAUUAAUGUUUUUAGAAAGUUAAAAUAACUGGAGUCCUCAUUCAGUAUCAAAGUAGUCUAUCUUCAGUCCAUACUGGUUCAGUAAAAUUUAAAUUAAUAUUUCUGAAACAUGUAUGGAUUUAAAAAAACUAGUGUUUUACAUUUUGUUUUCAAAACUAAAGAUUAAUAUUUCAUAUCAGUGUAUGUUUUUUCUUGUUUGAAAAUAUUUUUCUUUGCAGUCUGCUUAGUGUUGGUUACCCUGUUUUAGUGAGAAUCAGAGUGGCCUGUGUCAAGCUCUGAUCCUGCAGCAUGCAAGCACUUUUAAAGAAAAGUUAGGCAAUACCAGACUCCUAAGUAAAAGCCCUUUAAAAGUAAGUGCAACUCCCAUUGUUUCUAUUCAGUAAGACUGCUGCAGGUGAUGAAUGUGGAGCAGCAACUCUUACACAGUUUGAACUCAGUUCUGACUGAGAGAUGAGAAAUUAGUUAUAAUGUUCCUGGUUAUAUCUGCUUGAUCAGUUUGUACAAAAUAUUCAGUGGCACUAGAGCGAUAGAUCAACCCUCAGCGUCUUUUUAGUUUCUGGAAGCUACUAGCAUGAAGGAUAGUCACCAGAAAGUUUGGAAUGAUUCUUGAAUAGCCGUUUUAAAGGCAUUUAUACUAAAUAGUUUAGGAUCGACUGCACAUUUCAACUCUUCAAAUGCGAAGGAAAGAAAUCUAGCUGACAGAAUUAAGAGUGGUCUGUGAGUGGAUCAUUCAAACUGAUGCCAUUUUCUCACGAGCAGUCUGUAGCUGAUUCAAUCUUACACUGGCAUAGCUUGCCAGAUCUGUGGAUUUUGGUGCAAUAUUGCAAUGCCUUUUAUAUGGCUGCUGUUGUAUAAAUUUUUGUACUUACUUUGUUUUGUUUUAUUUUUGCUGCUGGCACCAUUGAACAUAAAAUGGAAGUGUGAAGUCAUGAAAAUGUGAAGAUUUUGAUUUUUUUCUCCCUCUCUCCUCCCAUGCCGCAGUUCAUAGUGUGAAUAAGGCCUGAUUUUUCAAAACUAAAACCAGAGGUUUUUGAGUUUUAGAAAGUGUCAGGUAUACUUUCUAAAGAAACCUUUCUUUUUUUUUUUCUUUCAGGAAUCGAAAUAGUGGCUUCUUUUGUAUGUGAUUCUUCCAUUUUCAUUA